AUGCCGCAGAGCCGUGAACUCGCGAACAAAAAGAACGAGCACAAGGACCGCCACUCGCGCGGUCCCCUGGGUCAGGGUGCAGGCGGACCGAAGAAGGGUGGAGCGGGAGCGCACAACUGGGGCGUAUCGACAGCCGAAGAGGGAGCGAUGACGUUGGACCGGAACGACCCCAACUACGACAGCUCAGAGGAGAAGAAGUAG